AUGGCGGAGAGUAAUCCUGGGAGUGAGGAUGCCGCGCCGUCUCUCUCCCAGUCCCCUGGCCCUGGGCCCGGUCCUCGGCGAUGGGAGCGGCUGAGGCUGGCUUCAGGGCCCUGGGCGCGGUCAUUUGGCUUCCUGGCGGCGCUGGGCCUCCUUUAUUUCUUGCGGGGCCCGCUUCGGCUGCGGGACAACUUAGUGGCAGUGACUGUUUUCUUGAGCACACUGACUCCAAAAUUCUAUGUUGCACUUACGGGAACUUCAUCUUUGAUAUCUGGUCUGAUAUUUAUAUUUGAAUGGUGGUACUUCAGAAAAUAUGGCAUGUCUUUUAUCGAACAGGUUUCUGUGAGUCAUUUGCGACCACUCAUUGGAGGGGCAGAGAAUGCUAGUUCUGGACAGGCAAAUUUUUCUGCUGCUAGUGGAGAAAAUGAAAUGAACAGACAAAAUCUCUCAGAGUGCAAAGUAUGGAGAAAUCCACUCAAUCUCUUUAGAGGAGCAGAAUAUAACAGAUAUACAUGGGUGACAGGAAAGGAGCCACUAACAUAUUAUGAUAUGAACUUAUCUGCUCAGGAUCAUCAGAGUUUUUUUACCUGUGAAACAGACUCUCUUAGACCUUCAGAUGCAGUUAUGCAGAAGGCAUGGCGGGAAAGGAAUCCUCAGGCCCGAAUCAAAGCAGCGUAUCAAGCUUUAGAAUUAAAUAAUGACUGUGCCACAGCAUACAUUCUUCUGGCUGAGGAAGAAGCAACUACUAUUUUAGAAGCUGAAAAAUACUUUAAACAAGCUCUGAGGGCAGGAGAAACAGUUUAUAAAAAGUCUCAGCAUAGCAGUUCACAAAAUCCACACCAUGAGGCACAGCUUAGAAGAGAUACCAAUGUAUUGGUUUACGUGAAAAGAAGACUAGCUAUGUGUGCAAGAAAGCUUGGAAGAAUUAAAGAAGCAGCAAAAAUGAUGAGGGAUUUAAUGAAAGAAUUUCCUGUCCUAAGUGUAUUGAAUAUCCAUGAAAACCUCCUAGAAACACUUCUGGAGUUACAGGCUUAUGCUGAUGUCCAGGCAGUUCUAGCAAAGUAUGAUGAUAUCAGCCUUCCAAAAUCAGCAGCAAUAUGUUACACAGCAGCACUCUUAAAAGCGAGAGCAGUUUCAGAUAGGUUUUCUCCAGAAACUGCUUCUAGAAGGGGACUUAGCACAGCCGAAAUUAAUGCUGUAGAAGCAAUACAUAGAGCAGUAGAAUUUAACCCUCAUGUACCAAAGUACUUGCUAGAAAUGAAAAGCUUAAUUUUGCCUCCUGAGCACAUUCUGAAGCGUGGGGACAGUGAAGCAGUAGCCUACGCAUUCUUCCAUCUUCAGCACUGGAAACGAAUAGAAGGGGCCCUUAACUUGCUGCACUGCACAUGGGAAGGCA